AAACCGGUACCUCCGAACUCUAGACGGGUGCUCUACCAGAAACCGGUACCUCCGAAUUCUAGACGGGAGCUCUACCAGAAACCGGUAUCUCCGAACUCUAGACGGGCGCUCUACCAGAAACCGAUACCUCCGAACUCUAGACGGGCUCUCUACCAGAAACCGGUACCUCUGAACUCUAGACUGGUGCUCUACCAGAAACCGGUACCUCCGAACUCUAGACAGGCGCUCUACCAGAAGCCGGUACCUCCGAACUCUAGACGGGCGCUCUACCAGAAGCCGGUACCUCUGAACUCGAGACAGGCGCUCUACCAGAAACUGGAUCCUCCGAACUCUAGACGGGCGCUCUACCAGAAACCGGGACCUACGAACUCUAGACGGGUGCUCUACCAGAAACCGGUACUUCCGAAUUCUAGACGGGAGCUCUACCAGAAACCGGUAUCUCCGAACUCUAGACGGGCGCUCUACCAGAAACCGAUACUUCCGAACUCUAGACGGGCGCUCUACCAGAAACCGAUACUUCCGAACUCUAGACGGGCGCUCUACCAGAAACCGAUACCUCCGAACUCUAGACGGGCGCUCUACCAGAAGCCGGUACCUCUGAACUCGAGACAGGCGCUCUACCAGAAACUGGAUCCUCCGAACUCUAGACGGGCGCUCUACCAGAAACCGGUACCUACGAACUCUAGACAGGCGCUCUACCAGAAACCAGUACCUCCGAACUCUAGACGGGCGCUCUACCAGAAGCCGGUACCUCUGAACUCGAGACAGGCGCUCUACCAGAAACUGGAUCCUCCGAACUCUAGACGGGCGCUCUACCAGAAACCGGGACCUACGAACUCUAGACGGGUGCUCUACCAGAAACCGGUACUUCCGAAUUCUAGACGGGCGCUCUACCAGAAACCGGUAUCUCCGAACUCUAGACGGGCGCUCUACCAGAAACCGAUACCUCCGAACUCUAGACGGGCGCUCUACCAGAAACCGGUACCUACGAACUCUAGACGGGUGCUCUACCAGAAACCGGUACUUCCGAAUUCUAGACGGGAGCUCUACCAGAAACCGGUAUCUCCGAACUCUAGACGGGCGCUCUACCAGAAACCGGUACCUCUGAACUCUAGACAGGCGCUCUACCAGAAACUGGAUCCUCCGAACUCUAGACGGGCGCUCUACCAGAAAACGGUACCUCCGAACUCUAGACGGGCGCACUACCAGAAACCGGUACCUCCGAACUCUAGACGGGCGGUCUACCAGGAACAGGUACCUCCGAACUCUAGACGGGCGCUCUACCAGAAGCCGGUACCUCUGAACUCGAGACAGGCGCUCUACCAGAAACUGGAUCCUCCGAACUCUAGACGGGCGCUCUACCAGAAACCGGUACCUCCGAACUCUAGACGGGCGCUCUACCAGAAACCAAAGGGCCAAGUGAGCUUAUGCCAUGGUGUGGCGUCCAGCGUCAAGAAUGCACUUUAA